AGUUCUGCAUACAGGCGCACAAAUUCUCGUCUGCGACCAAAUCACUUUCCAGGAGACAUCAGAUUUUAUUAUUUCAGCCUUGCAAUGUGUUCAUAAUGAAUGUAAAGGACGAGUUUCGGCAUAAUCAUGAGCACAGACAAUUUGACCACGGAGAUUCCAUCGUCGUCUCGAACGCCUUUGGGUUCUGUAACCAUGGAAGACAGCAGCCAUGGUUUCAAUGAAAGUAGGUCUGUCAUGACCAAAGACAACCUUAAAUUACUUGAUUUAAGCACUGCUGACAACUUUUGUGAAAAUCGAGGAAGGGAAAUUGAGUAUGCGGCAUCUUUGGCCGACGAGUGUGAAGAAAGCUUGGAACAGACAAGAAGCAUGGUACGGGCUCGAACAAACCAUGUUCGCAAGCAAACUGUAAACAAUUCUAUGAAGAAGAAACCUCAAAGGAAACGCCGUGUAACGGCCAAUUUAGCUGCAACAAAGUACGAUGUCGUUAGAAAAGUUUGUCUUCAAUGUGGAAUGUAUAUUACAAGGGAUGAUGACUCAAACAGUUUCCUCAUUUGGAGUGAUUCAUCAGUGCCAGUUGAAAAAAAUAUAGAACUAAAAUCAUUUCAGAAAAUCAACCAUUUUCCAAGUAUGGGUGAGAUUUGUGGGAAGGAUAACCUAGCUUGGAAUAUGGCAAAAAUGCAAAUUAAGAGCUCAUGCAGAGGAAUACAGUUUUGUUCUACAAACUUGGGUUCUCCCUGCCAAGUAUCCUUUAUCAACUAAUAUCUCUUGUCAGUGAGAUUUAUGCAGUUUGAUGUUUUGUAUAACUGUGAUGACUGCACAAUCAGCAUUAUACUGUGCUUCACCUUGAGUUUAGAAGCAAGCAUUGAUAGAAACUUUGGAAUCAAUGCUCAUGGUCCAUCAGCUAACAGUAAACUGUAUCUCCAGGAACUGUAGCCAGGGACUGUGUUUGAUUUAGUACUGUGGUAUGUUAAAUAAAUAUUAAAAAUUAUAAUAAUGCAAUGCUCAACCUCGAAUGAUAGAAAUUACAUUGGUUUCAUAUGAUGUAACUGUAAUAGUUAGUGGUAAUAAUUGCAUAGUUUGAUCCAAAUAUACAUUCUUUACAGAUCACAACUGCUACAGUAUGUGUACUUGUAUGUAGGUUGACUACAAGAUGGUAUAA